AUCGUAUUUUUAAUCCUCGGUGUUUCUGUGAUCGUGUCUUUUACUGUGCGACUUAUUUAUAAUAAUACACACACACACACACACACACACACACACACACAACCAUGGAUAUCCUACCGAGUGGAAACAUAUUCAGGGAGUUGCAGGACAUCCACGAUACUGGAUAUUUCUCCGCCCAACCAUCGCUCGAGGAUCAUUGGCAACAGACAUGCUACGAGAUGGAGAGGUACCUGAAGGACGAGCCUAAGCUACAGUCGUACAAAAAAUUACCCACAGAGUUGGACACGGCGCCAUGGAACCUCUUCAGAGCGCCCCCCAUUUCGUGGACAGCGUCGACGGGGAACGCAAACGCGCAGUUCGACUCCCCGAUUAAAAUGGAGGUCACAACGACGUCCGACGACAGAGAUCCCCUUGGUCUUGAAGACAUAAAGUUCAGCCCGGGUGACCACAACCAUAAUCGAGACAGGGACCUCCUAGAUCGACACCUCGACUCGUUAUCCAUGUCAUCGGCGAGUUCGGCCUGCUCCGCCCUCUCCUGGGACAGUUCGCCUUCCCUAUCCUGCAGAGCACUGAUCCUGAAAAAGGAACCGAGCGAAGACCUUGAGGAGGAUGAGGAGCAAGAGGAGAUCGAAGAGGAAGACGACAGCGGGUGCGAAGGUGAAGGCCAAAUCCUCACGCCACCAUCGAGUCCCGAGUCUGGUCAGGGUCAUUCGAAUUCGAGUCACUCUUCCAGCGGCAGUUCGAUGCUGGACGUUCACCAUCACCUAAAUCUCCACGGAACCGGUGGCAGAAGUGCGAUCGUCAGGGUAACGGCUAGCAGUCCACAGGGAGUGGCGAGACUGAUAUCCGUCGCGACGAACGGCUUCCCAACGGCAGUGGGUGCGCAGCACCAGCACGUCAGUGCGAAUCCAGUCGCGGCGACGGUCGUGCAGAGGCAUCACGCAAGGAGUCACGAGCACAGUCCACCCGACACGAAACGGCGGAUACACAAGUGCCAGUUUCCCGGAUGCAAGAAGGUCUACACGAAGAGUUCGCACCUCAAAGCCCACCAGAGAACGCACACGGGAGAGAAGCCCUACAAGUGCAGCUGGGAGGGUUGCGAGUGGCGAUUCGCCCGCUCGGACGAGCUGACUCGCCAUUACCGCAAACACACCGGUGCCAAGCCUUUCAAAUGCCGGCAUUGCGACCGCUGUUUUUCCCGCAGCGAUCACCUGGCCCUUCACAUGAAGAGACAUGUUUAGAGGUCAGAUACGACCCAGCGUAAAAACCUCCUCCUCCUCAUCCUCCUCCUCGUCCUCCUCCUCCUGUUCCCAUCACGUGAAGAGGAAAAUAUCCCCACCACCGAACCAGGAUGAAAAUAAAUUAUUACACGUCUGACACGAGGCAAAUCCGUCAAGUUUUCUAUUACUCGACGGUCCCUCGGCGGUGUCGCGAUGUAUUGAUAAGAGAAAGAAAAGAAGAAAAGAAAAAAGGAAGAGAAAAAAAAAAAAACGAAAACGAAACGAAACGCUGUAUAAUUCUUUUUCGCAUCUCGUCGUCGUACUUCGAUAUUCGUUCGCCCGCGAACAAGAUUGAGAUGAUGAUUAUUAUUAUCCCGGAAAGUGACGAUGUUUUAUGAACUUCUUAUGUGUAUAACAAUUACGGAGUAUAACGCUGUGUAUAGUUGUACGAACGCCUAUUACGGCUGAUAACUCGAGUUUGUGUAUUCAGUUUAGGUGUGAAUCACUUUUGCUUUUUAAUUUUUUCAUCAAUUCGUACGUG